CCUCGCGCUGGGUAAAUUGGCGGGUCGGAGUUUGUGGGAAAACAAACGGAGGAGAAGUUUUCCCGGAGUGUCGAGCUAUUCUCCUUUGUUUUCAUGAUCUUCAUCAGUCACUCCUCCUCCUCUUGGUCCGCUGGGCAGUGAGGCUCCCGUGACGGACAGACCGAGCCGGAGGAAGAGGAGGAUGCGGAGAUGAAGCUGCUGCUGUGGAUCGUCGUGUUAUCCCUGCGGAGCCCCGCGGGGAGCUGUGGGAGCGCAGGUGUGGUGUUCACAAAGCAUCCGUCCAAUCAGACGGUGUCUCAGGGGAACGAGGUGCGGCUGGGCUGUGCAGUAGAAGGCGUGACGGAGCCGGAGAUCACCUGGAUGAAGGAUGGCGAGAAGCUGUACAGCACAGAUCAGGUGUUCCUCACACUGGGAGAGCAGCACUGGGAGACAUCACACAGUGUGAAGUCGGUCCAGCAGCAGGAUGCGGGUCAGUACUGGUGUGAGGUGGAGUUCCACGGCCUGACCUUCUCCUCUGAGCGAGCCUGGAUUACAGUGGAAGGAGUUCCUCACUUCACCCAGGAGCCUCAGGAUGUGGCGAUGUUCGCCGGCAUACCCUUCAACCUGACCUGUGCCGCCAUCGGCCCCCCCGAGCCUGUGGAGGUGCUGUGGUGGCUGGGAGGAGUCCAGGAGGGGGAGCCCAGACCCUCACCUUCCAUCCUUCACGUCCCAGGUGUGAACAGCAGCAUCAAGUUUUACUGUGAAGCGAAGAAUGCCAGGGGCGUCUCCGUGUCCAGAACUGGAACCGCUCACAUCAAAGAGCUGCCAGAGGCUCCGGUCAGCCUGCAAAUCGUUGGGAUGGUGGAUAACAACGUAACGUUGUCAUGGAAACCGGGAGUCACUGGUCACUCUGAACUGUCCACCUGCAUCGUCCAGGUGUCGAGGCGCUCCACCCGCAGGUGGGACCUCCCACAGCGGGAGGUCCAGGUUCCUCCUCACCUCCACACUCUGACUGGUCUGAGGAGUCAUGCCAACUACAGCACCAGGGUCUCCUGUGUGAAUGAGGUGGGGGCGUCGCCCUUCUCACCCUGGCUGCACUUUCACACACCUGAAGCAGGUAAGACAGUGCCCUCCGCGGCCCCCAGGAAUCUGACAUUUGACCUCUCGGAGCAGCAGCUGUUUCUGAAGUGGGCGGAGCUUCAGGUGGACGAGUUGCAGGGUCGACUGUUGGCGUACAAGGUGCAGUGGACUGUGGGAGGAGAGGCUCAGGAGCCACUCCUCUUUAAGGAGAACUCCGCCCACCUCUCUGGAGGUGGUCGUUUCUUUAACGCGUCCUUCCAGGUGGCGGCCUGCACGGCGGUGGGCUGUGGGCCGUGGAGCUCCCCGGUGCUGCUGCUGCCCCCUUCAGCGCAGGUCCGGGUCCCGCGGAGCCACAUGUGGGUCGGUCUGCUGCUCGGCCUCCUGGUCGCCACCAUCGUCGGGCUGCUGCUGGCUGUCGUCGCUCAGCGCCGCGGGAAGGAGAUGCAGUUUGGCUCGGCCUUCAAGUCUCCGGGUGCAGAGACCUCAGUGUCCUUCACAGCAGCGCGGUCCUUCAACAGGAACGUGACGGACCUGCAGGAGUCCACCUUGGACGGUCUCUGCAUCAACGACGAGCUGAAGAAUAAACUGAAGGACGUUUUGAUUUCUGAGCGGCGGCUGACGCUCGGACACAUGCUGGGAAAAGGUGAGUUCGGCUCAGUGCGUGAGGCCUUCCUGAAGACUGAGGACUCGUCUGUCCAGAAGGUGGCGGUCAAAGUACUGAAAUCUGACAUCACCUCGUCAGGUGACAUCGAGCAGUGUCUGAAGGAGGCGGCCUACAUGAAGGACUUCCACCAUCCCAACGUCAUCCAGCUCAUCGGAGUGAGCCUCCACCGGCGUCCCGGCCAGCGGCUGCCGAUCCCGAUGGUGGUUCUGCCGUUCAUGAAGCACGGAGACCUGCACACCUUCCUGCUGCUGUCCAGGCUGGGAGACGAGCCGUUUGACCUGUCUCUGCACACGCUGGUCCGGUUCAUGUUGGACAUCUCUCAGGGGAUGGAGUAUCUGAGCAGCAAGAACAUCAUCCACAGAGACCUCGCCGCCAGAAACUGCAUGCUGAACGAGGACAUGACUGUGUGUGUGGCAGACUUCGGCCUCUCUAAGAAGAUCUACAGUGGCGAUUAUUACCGUCAGGGCUCCGUCUCCAAACUGCCUGUCAAGUGGAUCGCUCUGGAGAGUCUGGCUGACAACGUGUACACCACGCAGAGCGAUGUGGUACGCACGCACACACCUGGGACACACAGAUGUCUGUGACGUAGCUGUCCCAGAUUACAGAUCCUGAUUCAGAGCAGAGGACAUUUCAGGCUCUUUUCUUUUUUAGUUUCUGCUGAUAGUCAC